AUGACUCAAACUGCAAGAAAAUUGCGUAUCCUUGCUUUUGGAGAUAGUUUAACACAGGGCGAAACCUACAAUUCUACUACUUAUCUCCCGUACACCACAAGACUUAGAGAGCUCAUGGAAAAAAAUGGCUUCGGAUGUUUUGACCUCGACAAUGCAGGCAUAACAGGGGAAUUUGUACGGGAUGAGCUGAUUAAUAGAUUGCCUGGGAUCUUAGAAAAACAAGGCCCGUACGACUUGGUGGUAAUACUUGGAGGAACUAACGAUCUAAGCACUCACAAAACUGGGGACGAAGAGGCAUUAUACAAAGGAAUUGUACAACUGCACGAGCUCUCUCUUAAACACGGGGCUAAGACUUUGCUUCUGACAAUGCCCGAGAGUGACUUUUUUUACAAGGAUCUCGCAGCAACUGGGACAUCAUACGUGAAGGAAGAAGGAGAGAAAGGGAGAGUUACUGUGAAUGAAAUGCUGCGCGAGUUUGCGAGAAAAUGUGAAGGGGUUUACUUGUGCGAUAUCGAGAAAGCAAUUUCUCAGAGAUCUCUAAAUGAGGAGAAGUUGGACUUGUAUUGGGACGACGGGCUUCAUUUUACUCCCGAAGGAUAUAAUAAAAUGGCAGAGGUUAUAUUUGAUACCAUAAAACAAGUAAAUUGGGAUUAAAUCAGAUUUAAUCACAAUUACAUUGAUGGGAAUAUACCUGUUUUCUAUGUUUUUAUAUUACUCACUUUCUCACAUGUAUGGUACCUAUAUAGUUACACUUCAAAAACUAAAAUAAAUUUAUCUUAAAAGUAUUUUUAGUCUAUAAAUGAUAAACAGCUAAAGACAGCCAAAGAAAACUAUGUAAAAGUCUAUCGAAGAACUAGGCUCUUGAAGAACUAGGCCAAAUGUUGCUAGGCUUCCUUGACCAGGAGCCUAGCAUAUAUAACAGUGAGGGAGUACAGUUUAUCUAACAGCCCUGUCAUACAGGUCUUCAUAUACUGACUCCAUUGACUCAUCAAAAAGGUCCCGGUGGGAAUGACCUGUGUAGGCUGCCUUGCGGUUCGACCAGUAUUUCCCCUUGGCGAGGGGCACAGUAAUGCUAUGGAGCAAAACAGUGUGAUUAAAAUAAAGAUUCUAGAUAUACAUAUUAUUUCCUUUCUUUGUUACCUACUGAAAAUUCUUUCCUCCCUCUACUGUAAUAGCUAAAAAACAUAGAGAGAUUAGACUAAAUGCUAUUUGGUCUAUAUUUUGCUUAGCUAAUCUAAUUAAUCUGCUGUUUUGCCAACAAAACUGCACAGAAACUGAAGAAAAUGCAAAGAAAAUCACCUUUUUGAAGGAAGAAAUGAUUAUUCAAAAUCCUCGAAGGCUGAAAUUAGUAAAAAGACUCAAAAGUUGGUUACAUAUUAGACAUUUGUUGAUUGGAAUAAGUAUCAAGCAUUAAUGAAGGAUAAGGAUUAGUAACUUAAAUAAUUAGGGUGUAAGAAAUCAAGUAGUUUCAACUAGAAAGGUUGUCUACAAUGACGUUAACACAACUAAUUAUACAGUAGCUUCAGAAUAUUGACAUGAUCUGUUCUUUCUGGUAGGCACAAGUUAUAAGUUGCAAGGCUGAUACAUUCUUACUCUUUCACAGCAAUGGAAAGAACAUGCAGCUAAACAAACUAUGCUGUUGUCUUUUUAUGGUGCAAUGCCAUGCAGUUAGCUGGUGCAAUGGAAAUUCAAAGUUGUCUAGUAUUAAAGUGAUGACAGCGUUUUA